UUCUGAAUGAAGAUAUCAAAUCUAUCAAUCUUUAAAGCUUGCACAUAUACAUAUUUUGCAGUUGUUUGCGUGUAUAAGUUACGUUUGUUUAAUCAGCUGUAUUGCUGUACUAGUAUAAUAUUUCUAAAAGUGAACAAUUAAUGCUUUAUUUUUCAGAAUAAAAUGGAAGUAACAGAAUCGGAAAUAUUUCAACAAGGAAAGGAAACCAGCCGUGGAAAGUCAACACGUGGGAUACCAACAUUACGUCAGACAUGGGAUAAACAACUCGACUUUAUUAUGACGUCAGUCGGCUGUGCUGUGGGUCUAGGCAAUAUUUGGCGUUUUCCAUAUUUGUGUUACAAGAAUGGAGGUGGCGCUUUCCUGAUUCCCUAUACAAUAUCAUUCUUUCUGGUAGCAGCGCCUACAUAUAUAGCUGAAAUCAGCCUGGGUCAGUAUAUGACCUCUGGUGUAGUACAAGCAUGGAACAUGAUCCCUGUAUUUCAAGGUCUUGGUUUCGCAGCACAGAUUAUAUUGUUGUAUUCGAACAUUUAUUACAUUGUCGUCGUUGCCUGGGCUUUAUAUUAUAUAGCAGUGUCCUUUACCUCACAGUUGCCAUGGGCUACGUGUGGAAAUUAUUGGAACACAGAAAGAUGUUAUGUGUCAGGUAUGUCUCUAGAGAGAACUGUAACUAUGGUAACCUGUACAUCAACGCUUACAAACGUGACGGAAACUUUCACAUAUAAUUCAUCAACACAUGCGAACGUGACAGGUUGUGAUAUAUAUAAUGUUACAGUAGGACCUCCAGUAGACGCUGUAGUAGAAUAUUGGGAGAGAAAAGUACUGAACAUGUCAAGUGGAAUACAAGAACCAGGUUCAUUAGUUCCAGGACUAGCUGUUGCCCUCCUCGUUGCUUGGAUUUUGGUUUAUAUCUGUAUAUGUCGAGGUGUAAGGUGGACUGGAAAGAUUGUGUAUAUCACCGCCAUUGCUCCGUACAUCCUGCUUACGAUUAUCUUUAUCCGGGGAGUUACAUUAAAGGGAUCAGGGACUGGUCUAAUAUAUUAUCUUAAACCAAACUUUAGUCGUCUCGCUGACGGUCAGGUAUGGAUGGAUGGAGGAACUCAGGUCAUUUACUCGAUUGGUGUUGGACAAGGUUUUAUGAUAACGCUUGGAAGUUACAAUAACUUCAAGACAAAUUGCGUGAGGAAUGGACUUGUUAUCAUAUUUAUAAAUUGUCUUACAAGUCUUUUUGGAGGUCUAGCUGUCUUUUCCAUUUUGGGAUUUAUGUCAUAUGAAAUGAAAAUUCCGAUUGAGAAAGCUGUUUCACAAGGCCCAGGUUUAGUGUUUUUGGCGUAUCCAAAGGCUGUUACACAGAUGCCAAUAUCUCCUCUAUGGUCAGUCUUGUUCUUCCUUACAAUACUGUUUGUAGGACUGGACAGUGCGUUUGCUGCAGUAGAAGCCUUCUUGACACCGAUUAUAGACAAGUUUCCUAAAGUUCUUUAUAAACCUAGAAAUCGUAUGAUAUUUGUGGGGAUAUAUUGCUUCAUAUGUUUCCUGCUAGGAUUAUCUAUGGUCACGCAGGGCGGGGUUUACUUGUUUCGUCUGAUAGAUUACUACUGUGUUAGCGGUCUAGUUCUUCUUGCUAUGGUAUUUUCCGAGACUAUUGCAAUAGGAUGGGUGUUUGGGGCAGAUCGAUUUUAUGACGCUCUGGAAAUGAUGAUUGGCUAUCGAUGUGGACCGUGGCUGAAAAUAUCUUGGAAAUUCUUGGCUCCAUUAGUAAUUAAUGGUAUAUUCUGGUUCCAGUUGGUGCAGUUUAGACCUCUAACAUUUGAUGAUACCUAUGAAUAUCCGACUGGUGCAACAGUUUUUGGUUUUAUUUUCACCUUAUCAUCAAUCUCGUGUGUUCCUAUAGCAGCAGUUUAUUAUAUCGCUACAGCAAAAGGUUCACUGAAACAGAGACUUCAAAAAGUGACAACUCCAUUGCUUAAGAAACACCAGGUAGACCCGAGAUGGAAGGAGUCAGAUUACAAAUGGAAACUGGAAGAAUAUAAAAUACACGAUGUAAAUAAUCCAUUUACUAUAGAUGAUGAGAUCAAUAUAAACUAAACAUUGAGAAGGACUUAGACAUAUUUUGUUUAAAGGGAGACACAUGCAAAAUUUUAAUUUCUUCGUUUUUGUAUUUUUCAUUCAUUAGUCUGUAAAUGUCCUCAAAACAAAUACACUGGGCAGUCACAGGAACAAAACUUUUAAAGAAGAUGUCAAAUGAACGCCUUAGACUUGUUUCAAUCAUGCAAUAUCUAUUGUAACUUCCAGGAUUUGUUCAAGUCACAUGACUUGUUUUAAAACUACUGGGUGAUUCAGUCGGUGUCUAAAUUUCGUUCAACAUAAAUAGAUAUAUUUACACUUAAAACCCAAAAUAUAUAGAAUGUAUACAGAAAUUCAAGCUGGGACUUAAAAAAUAAUGUAAUUCUAGCGUGAUUUGAGUACAUAGGAUGAUUUUUAAUAUUUUUGUCAUUAAUUUGCCUCAGUAUCCCUUUAUGCAUUACAAACAGUAUAGACAUUUUGUAUCAUGAAUGUUUGAGAAAUGUAUAAUGUUAAUUCAUACAUUUACGCGAAAACCCACACAUUUAAAUUGUUCAUGAUAUGAUUAUUCUUAAAAGUAAUUUAUGCUAAGUUGGCUGUUAGGAAUACUGUCCAUUUUGAAUUAUAUGCUAAGCAUAAAACGCAUUCAUCUUAUGACAAUGACAAAAGUACCUGCAAAACUAUCAUGGUAGGUACCUGAUAUAUACAUGUGUAAAUUGUUCUAGAAUAUUUUUGUUUUGUAGAUUUUGAUAUACGACAAUAUUCUGAACAUGGUACAGACUAUAACGGUGUUGAUCUUGUUUUCGUCAUUUUUAUGUUAAAUUGUAAAAUAGGAAAAGUUAAUUCAGGACUUAUUGCAUUUUUCUUAUAUUCAACUGUAAACACGAGAGGCAAGUUCAAUUACCGCUAUAGUUCGGCGCCAAAAAUAAAACCACAUAGCAAAGACCUUGUAAAAUUGGAACAAAGAAAAAGUUCAAACUUGGCUAAUUUCGACCAACACCACCAGCACUUCCCGGGAUAUGGGGAGUCAGGUUACAAAUGGCUAGUUAAUGAAACCCAUAAUAAUAUAAAAUUCUUUUUCUCACUUUCUUUAUUUUCUAACGAACUAUUUUGAUAUGUA